CUUCCGGGCGCCUCACUCGAAGGCUGCUGAUAGCCGCUAGCUCUGUGUUACGUCACCUAUAACACUACUCACAACCAUAGCUCACAACAUUACGGCUACAUUUCUCCGUGUUGAUCACCAAAGGGCAGUGAACCAGCAUGUUUGGAGCGGUGGUUGUUGGCAUUGGCACAGCCGGUUGGGUGAGGAUCAGAGACAUGUUAGCUCCUCUGCCUGGCAGUCCUGCAGAGAAACUGAAUGUCAGAGCUUUCAUAUCCAGGAGAAAGCUGGACUCUCAGCAGGGAGUGAGUCAGGUGACCGCUGAAGAGGCUGUGAGCAGAGAGGACAUCCAGGUGGCGUUCAUCUGCACUGAGAAUGUGUUGCAUGAGGAAAACGUCAGAACUUUUCUGCAGGCAGGAAAACACGUGUGUGUGGAAUAUCCCAUGACCAUGAACUACAAAGCUGCUCUGGAGCUCUGGAACCUGGCCCAGGAAAAAGGAGUUAUUCUCCAUGAGGAACACAUUGAGCUGCUGACCGAAGACUUCAAAGAACUGAAGAGAGAGGUGGAGGGAAAGCUCCUGCAGGAAGGAACGCUUCAUUUUACCGGUGGAGCUCUGAAGCCUGGAUUUGGUUUCCCAGCAUUUAGUGGCAUUGCUCGCCUUACGUGGUUGGUUGAGUUGUUCGGUGAGCUGUCGGUAACUGCAGCAACUAUGGAGGAAGACUCUGGCAACAACUACAGCAAGAUGACUGCAAAGCUCUUAACGUCUGACGACAGACCUCUGAUGUGGAUUGAGGAGCGGGGGCCGGGCCUCCCUAGGGCCAAGAACAUCAACUUUCAAUUCGACUCGUGUACUCUGACCGAGGUUCCUCCUGCACCCAGAGGGGCAGUAGGCCUCUUCAUGCAGGACCUGAUCCACUUCUCUGCCAAGCUGGCAGGCCAAGUGAGUCCCGGAGAGCUCCACAGGGAGAAGAUCAGGAUCCUACACUGCCUGAGAUUAGCCGAGAAUAUACAACAAUUGUGCAAAAGAUAAAUGGGGACUCUCCUUUAUGAUCAUGCAAAAUCGUGUUAUUACAAUACGAUUUCUUUAAUCGAAUCACCAUACCCUUAAAUCGAAGUAUUACUUAGUUGUGUUAUUUCAUCAAAAUUCAUGUACAAUAUUGAAGUUAUUUACAGUUGAUUUAUUUUACCAGUAGAUGUCAGUGUUGACUUUUGUUUUUGUUUUGAGUUUUUACAAGGUAUAGCCUAUUUACUCCGUUGUAAAUAAAUGAUGCAUUUAGUAAAGCAAAACUUGACACAGAAAUGUAUAUUAUAACAUUAUAACAGUUCAGGAGUGUUCCUUAUAUCCUUUUUCUAACAUGCGACAUUUCAGAAGAAGACACGAGGGGAAGAAAAACUGCUUCAAAACGAAAAAUAAUUGAAUUGACAUUUAGGUUUAAGCAUCAUUUGUCAAUUUCCCAUUUAAAAAAAAAAAAGACCAAAACUGAGAGUGCAUUGAUGCUCAACAUAAGACGUGUUUGUUUAUAUCCAAAAAUAUGCACUUUUUCCCUUCUUCUUUAGUAAAUACCACAUUUACAAGUGUUUUGCUGUUUUAUAAUCACUAUAAAUUGAACUAUUUGAAUACUUCAGACUUCUAGGAACUGUCUCCAUGAUAAGAACAUCAUUAUUAACAAAAACAGGUCAAAAAUGACACAUUUCUGUCAUGAGUGGGAAACAAUGCGUCUCACACAGAAACAGGAAGUGAAAAAAUACCAGAAAAUUGACAAAAUGUUUUAGAUUUUAGUCUUUUUGGCGGUUGACAAAAAUUAAAUAAUUCCAGCUUCCUGAAUAGAUUGUCAGACACCUAAAGCGAGAGAGAGUGCGCACGAACAGACGCAAGUCAACUGAAAUUUGGUAAUUAUGGAGUGGUGCAGGAAUGAGCAUUUUUCCAACUUCCUGUUCGCUCGUCUGGAUGUUUUUUUAAAUGCGUUUGAAUGAAAGAUUAGCCGCCUUUAGCUUAGCAUUGGGGAUGUUAAGUCAUGUAAAUAUGCUGUAGUUCCUUUGUAGUGUCUAUCCUGCUGAACAAAACCUUUACGUAUCAUAAUGGUUGAGAUGCAAGGAACCAGGGAGAUGCUGGAUGUUAUUCUGGGAUGUUUUAGCUGAUGUAGGUGAAGAUGACUGACUGGAUGGGCAGCCUGCACACGGGACACAGCUUGUUCCUUUUCUUCAGCUUCCUGGCGCACACGUAGCAGGACAUCAGGGGUGUUUCUCAAUCGCGAGUAAAGCUGCUGCAGAGCCACUAUUUCAAGCAUACUACGUCAUCGAGUGCCGCCGAAGUACUGUUCCAAUCUCCAGCAUGCUUGGAAAUCUACUGAGCCCGGCAUACUCCGUUUGGAGAAAUAUCAAGGCUGCACAUGAGUAGACUCCGCGGUCUUAAAAUCCCCACAAUGCUUUGCG